GUUCUGACUUACGUCAGUGUGGGUGUUUCGGUUUCAGUGUGGCGGCCAUUAUUCUACGUUUAAUUAUUUAGUUUUUUUGCUGUUUAGUGCUUUACCAAACAAAGAACUUGAAUAUUUUAGAUAUAUUCUCUAAAGCCAUACUUUUGGACAAAAUACGUUUAUAGUACAAAUAUGAAUCCAGAAUACGACUAUCUGUUCAAGCUGCUCCUUAUCGGAGACUCCGGAGUGGGCAAGUCCUGUCUCCUACUCAGAUUCGCCGAUGACACAUACACAGAAAGCUACAUCAGUACUAUUGGUGUGGACUUCAAAAUUAGGACUGUAGAAUUAGACGGCAAGACAAUAAAGCUACAAAUAUGGGACACAGCAGGUCAGGAGCGGUUUAGGACCAUCACCUCGUCAUACUACAGAGGGGCACAUGGCAUUAUUAUUGUCUACGACUGCACAGACCAGGAUUCGUUCAGCAACGUGAAGCAGUGGCUUGAAGAGAUCGACCGCUACGCGUGCGACAACGUCAACAAGCUGCUAGUCGGCAACAAGUGUGAUCUCACCACCAAGAAAGUGGUCGAUUACACCACGGCCAAUCAAUACGCGGAGCAGCUGGGCAUCCCGUUCCUGGAGACGUCGGCCAAGAACUCGACCAACGUGGAGCAAGCCUUCAUGACCAUGGCGGCCGAGAUCAAGGCGCGCGUCGGGCCGCCGUCCGCGGGCGCCGCGCCCGCCGGCGCCGCCGUCAAGAUCGAGCAGGGCCGCCCCAUCGACACCGGCAAGUCCUCGUGCUGCUGAACGUGAACACGACACCAGGCCGGCGGCUUGGCUCGGGCGCUGUGCGAUGCGCCGGCCGCACCACACAUAACAAAUGCAAUUACCACAAAUCGUUUCAUCGCAUCGUUAAUUAUAUAAACUAAUAUAGUGCCCGACUGGCGGCGGCACAGUACGUAAAUGGUAAUGAAAUAAUAAAUACAACAAUAUUUGCUCCAACAUGUUUCCUGGCCGGGAAAUUGAGCAUAAUAAAUAAGUAAUUAAAAUCAAGUUAAUAAAUAAUAUUCAGCAUUUUAAAUCUAUUUCUAUGUGCUCUAAAAUUCGAUUUAUGCUUGUCUCAUUUAUUAAGUUUACUAACCUUAAAAUUUACAGAACUAAAAUUGCAAUUUUAUUGUAAAUAAAUGUUUUGUUUACAA